GGGGCGGCGGGGCCGGCUCCGCACGGCGCAGGUUGAGAACCGCGUGGGCUUAAGAAGCGCCGGGAGCGGAGCGGAGCGGGCCAGGCAGCAUGGCCCAGCCGCGCUGCCGCUCCGUGCUCAUCACCGGCUGCAGCCGCGGCAUCGGGCUGGGGCUGGUGCGGGGGCUCGCAGCCGCCAGCCCCUCCCCGGAUUUGGUCUUUGCGACCUGCCGGUACCCCGAGAAGGCGCAGGAACUGCAGCAGCUUAGCAAGCAAUACAGCAACAUCAAGCUCCUGCAACUGGAUGUGGUCUGUGAGAACAGCAUCAAGAAAGUGGUCAAGGAAGUGGAAGAAAUUGUGGGAGACAAAGGGCUGAACUGCCUCAUCAACAACGCUGGCAUCAACGUGCUCGCCUCGCUGGAGGAGGUCACAGCCGAGACCAUGCUCACCAUUUAUGAAACCAACACCGUUGCCCAGCUGAUGGUCACCAAGGCAUUCCUCCCGCUGCUGAGGAAGGCAGCACAGCUGGGCACUGGCAUGGGCUGUCACAGAGCUGCCAUCAUCAACAUGUCCUCCCUGGCUGCCUCCAUGCAGCUCGUCCAGGCCAAUGAGAUGUUCCUCAAGGUCUAUCCCUACAGGAUAGCAAAGCUCCUGAGGUGUUUCAAAUGCUACUUUAUCUUCCAUUACAACUCAGUUUCGUUUUUGGGCAACCGCACUGAACAUGAUCACCCGGUGUCUGGCUGCAGACCUGAAAUCAGACGGAAUUCUCUGCAUUUCCUUGCACCCAGGCUGGCUUCAAACAGACAUGGGUGGAAACAUGGCUCCCAUGCAGGUGCAGGAGGCUAUCCCAGGUAUUCUCUCUGUUCUGGACCGUCUCGGUGAAAAGGAAAAUGGUUCUUUCCUGGACUGGCAAGGGGAAACUCUGCCGUGGUAGAAGUGCACAGAACUCUCCAGGAACAGCUCGUCAGUCACAAUUGAACCUUGCCACUCCUGUCUGUGUCUCUAGGGGUUUUUUUUACACGCUUGUUGAAAUAGCCAGUCUGCCACUCAGCCUCUCUCUAGGUGUAUUUGGAAAGCAAAGUGGCUGAGUCUUUCACUUGGUGUUGCUACUGCUCUGCUCUAACGCUUCCUGCAAACACUACUGUGCUCUCGGUGAUGGGCAUCUCCUGGAGCCCUCUGAAAUGGAUUCAAACCUGCACGUUAAAUCCAGGGGCUGCUGCUUCCUUUCCACUUCCAAACCCAAAGUGGCUUCUGGCUCUUAGCAGAAUGAAAUUACCUGACCUCAGAGUAAGGCCAGAGUAGGCUGUCAGGUUCCAGUAUGGUCAGUUACUUCCAGGAAAAAAACUUUGAUUUCCUUUGUUCCUAACUGAGCUAAGGCUGAAAUUGCCCAGCUCUGAACCAAGGGAAUUUGGUACUUCUGUGAAUUCUGUGGCAAACUCUGAGUGUGCCCAGGUUGCCAGUGUACACCAGGCACUUGCUUUGCUCCCAGUGGGUGACUAACAGCCUGAUACGGGGGUGGGAAUGUUGUUUUGUACAUAAACUUCUGAAAUGUCUUCAAUAAAGUCUUGAUUAAACAAACA